ACCAGGAAUUAACGGAGAGAAGAGAGAACCGACAGGAAUCAACUGGGUGCUUCUGUUACCAAGGUGAAAACAACCGAUUAAGGCGAGUUUUGGCGAUGUUGAGAACAUAGGGAUUGGAUACUCUUUCUCCAUCUCUCUCUGAGCGCCGCCAUGAACUAUAACGUUAUCUUGAUUCAGAUCUUUGUCACUAAUUAGGGUACCUUUAAUAGGCUAAUCAGUGUCUGUAUGGUCCACUGAUGCGACAUAUUAUGUUUAACAUUUCAAUCGAUUAGUUGAAAAGCCGAAGUGUACAUGUUAGAUUCGAUGCGCAUCUCUGUUAUUUAGCCCAGGGUCAUUUAUGGUAUUUAACAAGAGAGAGGGUAGAGUACUGUAUUUUCCCUAUAGCAACAGAAGUCUGCACUGCAGUGCUGUUUGAUACGAGGAAUACAGGCUAUAUUUAGCUUUCAAUAUUCAGAGUGCCCUCAAUAAGACAGAGACAGAGAGUAAGCACUAUUUCUCCACUCAUUUAGUGUGUGUGUGCUUGUGGUGGUUUGUUGUGUGUGUUCACACCUCACAGGUGUUGAGCUGAAUGAGUCCAAGAAGGGAGAAUAAUUGGCACCAUCUUCUUCAAUUUCUCAGUCUCCCUCUUACCCUCUGAUAUGCACAGUAUCCACUUGUCACUCGCUGGUCCUGUCAGCUGCCAUCACUCAGGAUGGUAAUAGCUCACUGAGUUGUCAUGGUUACCUGGUCUCUGCAUCAACUGCAUCUCUCCUCUCUCUAUCCAGGAAUGUUGUCUUAUUCAACAGUACACAGAGGAUGUUAAGAGUCAGAGGGAGAGUAGUAGGGAGGAGUAGAAAAGAUAGAGGGUAAGGAGGUUAGAGAGGAAUGGAGAGGGUAGGGAGGUGUCGAGGUGUGCUGUGCAGGGGUGAGUCAGUAUAGAGGGAGAAAGGGAGAGUAUAUAGAUAGAUAGCUUAGCUUGGCUGUUAGAAAUGGAUGAGAGUGGAGUCUCCUGGUGUGUGUGAGGGGCGAUCAACACUGGGCAGACUUGGAGCAGAGUGACGCAGAGAGGAACUUAGACUUAACACUGCUCUAAUACACACACAUACACACACACGGCUGAAGCCAGGACAAAAUCAUAGAGGACCGGGAGAGAGGGAGAGAUUGUAGGACGAGUGUGGGGUGAGCAGCAGCCAUGGCAGAGAACUCUAUGUACCAGCGUCUGUCCUACGAGAGAGAAGAGGAGGAAAAGAAGGAAGAGAGGAAGGAGGGAUUAAUGAAGGAGAGAGGGGAAGAAGAGAUGAUGACGGAGGAGGGGACAGAGUGGUUGGUAGAUCUGUUAACAGACGUUCAGCUGCAGCAGUACUUCCUGCGUAUUCGUGAUGAGCUGAACGUGACGCGCCUGUCACACUUUGACUAUGUCAAGAAUGAAGACCUGGAGAAGAUCGGCAUGGGGCGCCCAGGACAGAGGAGGCUUUGGGAGGCAGUCAAGAGAAGGAGAGCUCUCUAUAAACGCAAGUCCUGGAUGAGCAAGGUGUUUCCAGGGAAACGAACUGACUCUGACUUGGACCCCCAGCAGCUCCGGGGGGCGUUGCCCAACUUGAAAACUCCAGGUGUGUUUGAUGUAUUACUUACUCAAGGGUUAACCCCGUCCAGCGAUGGGAUGGGAGCAGCCCUGACCUGUCUGAUCCGAGAGGCGGAGCUACAGCUGUGUGAACGACUUGGAGACGGAACCUUCGGAGUCGUCAGGAGAGGAGAGUGGACUGGAACCACUGGACAAAUGCUGUCAGUAGCAGUGAAGUGUCUGAAGACAGACAGUGUGUUGGACACUGAGGGGUUGGAUGAUUUCAUCAGAGAGGUGAACGCCAUGCACUCCCUCAACCACCAGAACCUCAUACGGCUCUAUGGAGUGGUGCUCACACACCCCAUGAAGAUGGUGACGGAGCUGGCUCCUCUUGGUUCUCUGUUGGAUCGUCUGAGGAAGCGACAGGGACACAUCCUCAUCUCCUCUCUGUGUGGCUACGCUGUACAGGUGGCGUGUGGCAUGGCAUACCUAGAACAGAGGCGAUUCCUCCACAGAGACCUGGCGGCGAGGAACGUCCUGCUGUCAACCAAUGAGAUGGUGAAGAUUGGUGACUUUGGCCUGAUGAGAGCACUGCCAUCACACCAGGAUACAUACGUUAUGGAGGAGAGCCACAAGGUGCCCUUUGCAUGGUGUGCUCCAGAGUCAUUGAGGAGCAGGAGUUUCUCUCAUGCUUCAGACACUUGGAUGUUUGGAGUCACUCUGUGGGAGAUGUUUACACACGGACAGGAGCCAUGGCUAGGACUCAAUGGCAGCCAGAUUCUCCAUAAGGUGGAUGUGGAGGGGGAAAGGCUAGUGAAGCCAGAAGACUGUCCCCAGGAUGUUUACAACGUGAUGCUGCAGACCUGGAGCCCUCAGCCUGAUGACAGACCAACAUUCACCGCCCUCAGAGACUUUCUAUUGGAGACCAUGCCUACAGACAUGAGAUCACUGCAGGACUUUGAAGAACCAGACAAACUUCAGAUCAACAUGAAUGACAUCAUCACUGUCGUCGAGGGCAGAGCAGAGCUCUAUUGGUGGAGAGGUCAGAACAGAAGGACGUUGCGCGUGGGACAGUUUCCUCGCCACGUGGUCACGUCGGUCAGCGGCCUGUCGGCCCAAGACAUCAGCAGACCCCUCACACACUCCUUCAUUCACACUGGACACGGAGACACUGACCCACACAGGAGCUGGGGGCACGCUGACCGCAUAGACAGUCUGUACUUGGGAAACCCUAUGGACCCCCCUGAUGUUAUGGGAAUGGAUCCUUCCACUGCCCGGCCCACCAAACUACCCAGCCGCACCAGGAAGAAGCCUCCUCCUCGUCCUCCCCAGCCUGCUGUCCUGAUCAACAAGCCGUUCUAUGACUCUGUGUUAGAUGAUGAUGAUGAAUAUGAAGGUGCUUCGUCGGGGCUGAAGAGGCUGGGCGCGGCUAUAGGCCUUAAACUCCGCCCGGGGGAGGGGUCAGGUGUGAGGUCUGCCAAAAGCGAAGUCUCGCUCAUCGACUUCACCGAUGACAGCUUCAGCUCGGCCACGCCCUCCCCUCUCACUGAGACACGCAUACCUGACCAGGACACACUCCAGGACCUUCCUUCCAUCCUGGACUGGCCCCUCCCUCUUCCUGCCUACGACGAGGUUGCCACUGAGGCCGAGGGUCAAUUGGCAGACCAGGAGGUUCGAUCUAUCACUGGAUUGCCAGAGGGGAUGUUGGCUCCGCCCAACACUGAUGCAGAGAGGAGGGGCUUAACUCAGUCAGCUGAUCUGUUCCAGGAGCUGCAGAGAGAGGUGAUGGUGAAGCUGCGUGUUCCCAUGACAACCGGCCGUUCCCUCCCCUCCUCCCCCCUUCCCCUCUCCUUGGCCCCUCACAGACAGAUCUACCUUCCUCCCCCCUCCUCUUCCUCCUAUGAGGACAGACCCAUGCUACCUCCACGCUCCCCCAUCCCACCCCUACGCUCCUCCAAACGCGUUUCCCUAUGUGAGAGGGAAAACACACCCCCCCAGAUCCCUCCCAGAGACCACGCUUUCUCUCAGCCCUCCUCACGCUCCUCCUCCCCCCUUCCUUUAGUGCUUCCCCUCUCUGUCUCCCCUCUCUCCUCCUCCCUUUGUCUCCCCCCUCCUCCCCUCUCCUUCUCUCCUCGUCAGAGGACUGGACUAUACGGGGUUGUUGGUCCUCUCGGCUCUCUAAUCUCCUCCUCCCCCUCUUCCUCUCCUCCCUCCUCCUCCCUCUAUUCCUCCAUGCUUAUAGCUGCCCCUCCCCCCAGUUCCUCAUUGGAUCCCCUCUCUGAGGGGCGUGACCUGUCAAUACUUAUUGGCAACUCUCAGAGUUCUGAACGCCCCGCCUACUUAGAGAGGUAUGGAGCCACCAAAAUGGCCACCGUCCGACCCAUGGUGCAACAGCAGCCAGGUGGGGGUGGGGCCAGGCCUAACUCCUCCCACAACAACAACAAUCACAGGACUCAACAUUUAACUGCAGCUCCCGGCAGGCAACGGGAGAACGGCCUCAUUCAGGUAGAACAGUUGUUCCAGCUGGGUCUGCGUUCUAGAACAGAGUGCCAGGAGGUUCUAGAGCGUUGCCAGUGGAACCUAGAACAGGCAAGCACCAUGCUACUGGACUCUUGUGGAAAAGUAGGCUGAGACAGACUCCAGGACUACUGACCUACAGACUUAAAACUACUGAUCUUUAACCCUACAGACCUACUGUUCUAAAAACUACAAACCUUUACCUAUUACUACAGACCUUUAUCUACAGACCUGAAACAACAAACCUUUACCUAUUACUACAGACCUUUAACUACAGACCAGCCACCUGUAUACUAGAGAACUCUGACAAUGAAGUGAAGCCAACCGAUUUAAGGCUGGAGACUAGUAGCUCACUGAGAGGAGGGGUGGGGGGGGGGGGAUCACAGAACAGACAUUCCCUUGCUGGAGACUAUAGCACCUGGAUGAGUCCUACGGAGGGAAACACUGGACGAACACAAUACUGCAUGUUCAGUAGUUAAGUUAUUAUAUUAUAUAUUAUAUAGAUACAGUGCCUUCAGAAACUAUUCACACCCCUUGACCUUUUCCCAAUUUUUUUGUGUUACAGCCUGAAUUUAAAAUGGAUUAAACUGAGAUUUUGUGUC